AUGUUCUUUCUGCGCCUCUUUGUACCACUUAGCCUUGCUCUGGGAGCUAUCGCUGUCCCCUUGGACACCUCUGAGGUCCAGGAGCAGCUCCCCGACGGCCUCAACCUCUGCAUUGAAGAAAAGAACUGCGAAGUUUACAAGCUCGACGACGGCGCAUGGUCCUUCCGAUACAUCCCAGGUAUGGAGCCUGGUACGGAUUGGUAUAACGAGCACGCGAACACCACGGACGAAAUCGGCCCUCAGCCAGACGACGUUCUCGAUAAGCGACAUUCGCCAUGCGACAGCAGCAACGGCAGAACAUGCUCGUCUAUCUGGGUCAGGCCCGACCGUACUCUAUACGGCACACUCUGGCCCAGAACUGCCAUUCAAGUCCUUGGGCAUAACUGCUACGAAUUUGGCUGUAACGUCGGCCAGAUUUCGCAGUCGACGUCAUGGUCGACUGGUGGCGGCCCCGGAACUAUCCCCGAUCAGCUACGUAUCACGCCUAACGGUGUUUUCGACCCGUCCAUCCGUUGGCAUCUCAUUGUUGCGAUUCAAGAUGUUCUUAGGGAUAUGACAACCAGUCAUCGGGUUAUUAGCGGUCACACUCAUCAUACCCCGCCAUGGUCGGCCACGAUGCACCAGGCGCCGUACCGUAUCCACGUUGCUCGCUUCCGCAACCAGGCUAUGCAGGGGGAUCUGUCAGUGAACAUUUCGAUGCGAGGUGCCGGCGCUUGGGGAUGUGCUCAAGUGCUGCAAUACCUUGGUACAGCGAUCGGGUACUUGAAUCCAAUGCUUGGCGGAGCUCUGGGCCAACUUUCGGCCUUCUGUGCCUAG